CACUCGACUGCCAGUGGCGACCCAAGACGCAACGAAACUGGACCCCAGGCCCAACCGCUCAAGCAGAACAUCAACUCAGACAAGACGGGUUUCGACGGCGACUGCAGAAAUCAUAGUACCGGGAAAAAAGUGAAAGUGAAUCUGUCACGUGUAAAAAUGUCGUCGGCGCUGACGAAUCUCUUGCAAUCUCUGCGCAUUGUGCCGCUGGGACACGGCAAAGCCAGCAAGAAUGUUGUGGUCGUUGCCACGGAGAAGACGCUGCUCAAGGGAGAGGAGCUGCCGGAGAUCGCGCUGGAGGAGGUGGCCCAGCACGACAGCUACGACGACUGCUGGAUUGUGAUCUACGAUCGGGUGUACGACGUCACUCUGUUCCUGCGCGACCACCCCGGCGGUGUCGAUGUGAUCAUGGACCAUGCCGGACGCGAUGCCACCAUUGCGUUCCACGGCACUGGCCAUUCCCGGGCUGCCAUUGAGCAGAUGCGCCAGUUCCUGAUCGGGGAGCUACCCGAACCGCAGCGCAUCUUUCGGACGACCCACAACAACAGGGUGCUGUCCUCGGGCAUACCGGAAUAGUGUCAGCCGAUCCACCGAUCCGCCGAUCACUUCACUUCACUUCCUCUUCGAUCCACUCGCAAUGCCGCCGUCCAUCUACGCACAUUCCCAUACACACUCGUACUACGUUAUUUGUAUAUAUAUGUAUCUCUUAAGAGUAUUCUACUUCGUUCCUAAAGCUAAUCAGUUUCCAGUUUCGCAAUCCGCAAACCGCCUUUGCCUAAUCAUCGCCUGUCGCUCAGCGAAUAUUUAUAUAUUUUGUGUGUUUAAAUUGUUUUGUCAAGACUUGAAACGGAAUUAAGAUUAAAUUAUUGUAUUUUAAUAGUUA